UUCAACGACAUGGAGGAGUCAGAGAAAGUUCAAAGCACUGCAUAUGGCGCAAGCCAAGUAUCUCCAGACGUCUGCCGUGAAAAGACCCUUUUCCUUCCCCAUCCUUGGUCAUAUUCCCAACGCAGUUCCAAGUCACCUUUCUAUCGUCAUGUCAACAUCAUCUGGAGUUUUGUAGCUCACUGAACGGAUCAUUACAGCGUGUGCCGCGCACGCAAGUCACCACAAACGAUCGAGUAACGAGUAGCCCGGACUUCUGCAGAGACUGGUCGAGAUAAAUACCCGUACCUACUAAUCGUCUGCGACCAGCAACCAAGUAUUCCCUCACAUCAACAUCCACAGCACAGCACAGCACAGUACAGUACAGCAUCAUCUCCCCCUCCCCACAAAAUGGGCGCCUUCUUUGAAACCCUACCACCAUCUCUAGUUGACUGGCUACUCGCCCAACGAGUCCUCUACGUCGCAUCAGCCCCUCUGUCAGGCGAUGGAUGCGUCAAUGUUUCACCAAAGGGCAUCACUGAUAAAGGAGGACCCUUUUUCGGUGUCCUUCGAGAACCAAAAAAGAACCCCAACGACAAGGAUGUGAUCAAGAAGUUCUGGUAUGUCGAUUUAACAGGUUCUGGUAUCGAAACUACAAGUCAUUUGCAUGAGCCUGGAAACGGCAGGAUUACGGUUAUGUUUAACGCAUUUGAAGGACCACCGAGAAUUUUGAGGAUUUAUGGAAAAGGCACACCACUCGAAUACGGAACCAAGGAAUUCAAUGACCUAGUCAAAUCCGAAAACCUGAAGCUCAUCAACGGUACCCGCAGUAUCGUCAUGGUUGAUAUCCAUCAAGUGGGAACCUCAUGCGGGUUCUCCGUCCCAACUUACGAAUGGACCGGCUACCGAACCACAUUGCACGACUUUUUCGAUAAGAAAGUCGCGUGUGAAGAGGCAGGGAAUCGAAAAGAGGGCAUUGAAGUAUACUGGGCAUUCAAAAACGCAUGGAGUAUGGAUGGUCUGCCUGGCUUGAAGAGGGGAGUUCAAACAGCCAUCACUGAUAGUGUCAAGCCGAUUAAGAAAAUGGUCGGGAAGUACGCUCCCAUCGACGGACCUCGGAUGCCUAGGAAGGUAUACACGGCAAAUCAGUUGAUUUUGGUCAGCAUGUCGAGUUCGCUCCUGUCGGUGUUGAUGGUCCUGGUCGCGCUUAUGGUUUAUGGCACCGAUACAUUGGAGACGACCAAGGUGUGGAUUAAAUCUCGAUCUUGAUUCUGAUUCACAUCAUGCGCAUGCAUCUUGUCACGAGGUAUGCAUUUUAGAAUUUGUUUUUAACAACCACUAUCUGUCUGCCUGUCUACUGAACACUAGGUGGCGUUAGGGCCUGCUGGACAUGUUUGGGCGGAAUAUCUGCGUUGUUGCUCGCAAGUUCGGGGAAUAGUUCACUCAACAACAUCUCAACAUCCGGUUCCAGAGCGCAAGGCCUGCCGCUAGCGGGCGAGUUGAAUUGGUUGUUGAACACAUUGUCGUCCGACCAACUUGAUGGCGUACAAGCGCUUCCCGUUGUCUCUGUAGAUUGAGGAGACAGUUGUCUAAGUGGUUCAGAUGAGGCGUGGUUGUUAGUGUCAAAUGUAAAGCUCGCUCCGAGAUCUAUGUCGUUGCUGAACUCUAGCUCGG